CCACAGCGCUGAGCACACAGCAGGCACCUCAGGAGCCCUCACUUCCAGCCAGCUGGCUGCCCUGUGCUGCCACUGCCCACCAUGCAGCCCCAGUCAGUCCUGCACAGCGGCUACUUCCACCCCCUGCUUCGGACCUGGCAGGCAGCCUCCACCACCCUCAAUGCCUCCAACCUCAUCUACCCCAUCUUCGUCACGGAUGUUCCUGAUGACGUACAGCCUAUCGCCAGCCUCCCAGGAGUGGCCAGGUAUGGUGUGAACCGGCUAGAAGAGAUGCUGAGGCCCCUGGUGGAAGAGGGCCUGCGUUGUGUCCUGGUGUUUGGCGUCCCCAGCAGAGUUCCCAAGGACGAGCGGGGCUCCGCAGCUGACUCCGAGGACUCCCCGACUAUUGAGGCGGUCCGUCUGCUGCGUAAGACCUUCCCCAGCCUCCUGGUGGCCUGCGACGUCUGCCUGUGCCCCUACACCUCACAUGGUCACUGCGGGCUUCUGAGCGAGAAUGGGGCACUUCAAGCCAAGGAGAGCCGCCAGCGACUGGCAGAGGUGGCACUAGCCUAUGCCAAGGCAGGAUGUCAGGUGGUAGCCCCGUCGGACAUGAUGGACGGACGUGUGGAAGCCAUCAAGGAUGCUCUGAUGGCACAUGAACUUGGCAACAGGGUCUCUGUGAUGAGCUAUAGUGCCAAGUUUGCCUCCUGUUUCUAUGGACCUUUCCGGGAUGCGGCUCAGUCAAGCCCAGCUUUUGGAGACCGCCGCUGCUACCAGCUGCCGCCUGGAGCGCGAGGCCUGGCCCUCCGAGCGGUGGACAGGGAUGUGCGGGAAGGAGCUGACAUGGUCAUGGUGAAACCGGGAAUGCCCUACCUGGACAUUGUGCGGGAGGUGAAGAACAAGCACCCUGAGCUCCCUCUUGCCGUGUACCACGUUUCUGGAGAGUUUGCCAUGCUGUGGCACGGAGCCCAGGCUGGGGCGUUUGAUCUCAAGGCUGCCGUCCUGGAGGCCAUGACCGCUCUCCGCAGAGCAGGUGCGGACAUCAUCAUCACCUACUACACACCUCUGCUGCUGCAGUGGCUGAAGGAGUGAUGGAGGGAGUGUGCAAGACCCGAGAACUUUAAGAAGGUCCCUUGGGGCCUUGGAGAAGUGAAAACUAUAGUAAAUGCUGCUUUUAGAACUGUG